CUGCCGCCGCCGGCGCCGCUUUCUGGAAGGUUCCUGCAGGCGGGCGUUCUGUACCGUUAAUCUGCUGCUGGACAGAAUCCGUGUCCAUCCUUCCUUCUAGAUCUCGCCCAGAGCCGACCAAGUGUGCCAUGCCUGAGAACGUGGCAGCCCGAAGCGGGGCGCCCGCUGGGACCGCUGGCGGCCGCGGGAAAGGCGCCUAUCAGGACCGCGACAAGCCGGCCCAGAUUCGCUUCAGCAACAUUUCUGCGGCCAAAGCGGUUGCUGAUGCUAUUAGAACAAGCCUUGGACCAAAAGGGAUGGAUAAAAUGAUUCAGGAUGCAAAAGGUGAUGUGACCAUUACAAAUGAUGGUGCCACCAUCCUAAAACAAAUGCAGGUAUUACAUCCAGCAGCCAGAAUGCUGGUGGAGCUUUCUAAGGCUCAAGAUAUUGAAGCAGGAGACGGCACCACAUCAGUGGUUAUCAUUGCUGGUUCUCUCUUAGAUUCCUGUACCAAACUUCUUCAGAAGGGUAUUCAUCCAACCAUCAUUUCGGAGUCAUUCCAGAAGGCUUUGGAAAAGGGUAUUGAAAUCUUGACUGACAUGUCACGACCUGUGGAGCUGAGUGACAGAGAAACUUUGUUAAAUAGUGCAACCACUUCACUGAAUUCAAAGGUUGUCUCUCAGUACUCAAGUCUGCUUUCUCCGAUGAGUGUUAAUGCAGUGAUGAAAGUGAUUGAUCCGGCCACAGCUACUAGUGUAGAUCUUAGAGAUAUUAAGAUAGUUAAGAAGCUUGGUGGGACAAUUGAUGACUGUGAGUUGGUAGAAGGACUGGUUCUCACCCAGAAAGUGGCAAAUUCUGGAAUAACCAGAGUUGAAAAGGCUAAGAUCGGACUCAUUCAGUUUUGCUUAUCUGCUCCCAAAACAGAUAUGGAUAAUCAAAUAGUAGUUUCUGACUAUGCUCAGAUGGACAGAGUGCUACGAGAAGAAAGAGCCUAUAUUUUAAAUUUGGUGAAGCAAAUUAAGAAAACAGGAUGUAAUGUCCUUCUCAUACAGAAGUCCAUCCUAAGAGAUGCUCUUAGUGAUCUUGCCUUACAUUUUCUGAACAAAAUGAAGAUAAUGGUGAUUAAGGAUAUUGAAAGAGAAGACAUUGAAUUCAUUUGUAAGACAAUUGGAACCAAGCCAGUUGCUCAUAUUGACCAGUUUACUGCUGAUAUGCUGGGUUCUGCUGAACUAGCCGAAGAGGUCAAUUUAGAUGGUUCUGGCAAACUGCUUAAGAUUACAGGCUGUGCAAGCCCUGGGAAAACAGUUACAAUCGUCGUUCGUGGCUCUAACAAAUUGGUGAUUGAAGAAGCAGAGAGAUCAAUUCAUGAUGCCCUAUGUGUUAUUCGCUGUUUAGUGAAAAAGAGAGCUCUUAUUGCAGGAGGUGGUGCUCCAGAAAUAGAACUAGCCCUGCGAUUAACUGAAUAUUCACGAACGUUGAGUGGUAUGGAAUCCUACUGCGUUCGUGCUUUUGCAGAUGCAAUGGAGGUCAUCCCAUCUACACUGGCUGAAAAUGCCGGCCUGAAUCCCAUUUCUACAGUGACAGAACUAAGAAACCGGCAUGCCCAGGGUGAAAAAACCACAGGCAUUAAUGUCCGAAAGGGAGGUAUUUCCAACAUUUUGGAGGAACUGGUGGUCCAGCCUUUGUUGGUUUCCAUCAGUGCUCUGACUCUGGCAACUGAAACUGUCCGGAGCAUUCUGAAAAUCGAUGAUGUGGUAAACACUCGAUAAUCUGGGUAACACUGUCACCAGUACUGCCAGCAGUUCGACCAGAGUGGAAGAUCACCUUUGGGUUCCUAGUUGUUGGGAAAGUUCCCCUUUUUUUUAAAGUUACUGGUCCUGGCCUGCCAGUUGGCAUUUCCUUCAAACUGUAUUAAGAUAAUUUAACUAAAAUAUUAAAUAUUUGUUUUCAAAAGGCA